UACCAUAGCAGCGCCGAAAUACAGUGAAGCCAGCGUAAACAUAAGAUCCACUAUUUUAUUUAAAACAAUAAUAAAGAUUUCGCCGUCAGAUAGCUUUCACAAUAAAGAGAGGCAAUCGUGUUUUUGCGUAUUUUGAGCAUUGAGUGACUGCAAUGUCAGAAAAGGAAUGUGAAACUGUGAACCUUGAAGAGCAAAAAAUGUCAUCAGAAGCCAUUCAAAUAGAGACUGAGGAGGCUGAUGAAGAUCAAGAUGUUGAACACACGCAAGAGAUCAGUGUGGACGUCAUUACAAAUCCGGACACACUUUUACUAGAAGAAAACAGCGCUGAACCAACUUCUGAAGACCAAAGACAACAAGACGAUAUAAACAAACAAGGAAGUGAAAAUAAGAUCAUUUCUUCCAAUGAUGUUGGAAACUCAACAGCAACGGUUAAAAUCUUGCUGAUGCCAGAGAGGCACAUGAUAACUGUGGCCUUCACUAUUGGCCUCACAAUCCUGGACCUGAAAAAACAUUUCAGCUUUGAGAUGAGAGUCCCAUAUGACAUCAUACAAAUCACCCUAGACGAAAAAAAUGUUAAUGAUGAUCAGACACUGAUGGAUAUCGGCGUGCAGCCACAUGGGAUGAUCCAAUUCGAGAUGAGCUCGCUAGACCCAGAAAAUUACCCCAUGAGACCAGUCAAACCACAGCAAGAGUACAACAUGCCAGAUGUCAUUACUGUCAGAGUGCAAACAGCAGACACAUACCAGGAUGUGGUGGUAGAGAUUGAGAGAGCCACUCAGGGGAAGGCUUUUCUGGGAGGAUACCGUCACAAGUUGACCAACGCAGAGUAUCACCAUGCUGCUAUACAGACGGUGCCCAAGAAGAGGCCAGACAGAGGCAUUGAGAUGUUCAGCAGGGAUACACAGGUACACAUACUAUAACAUGCAUGAUUGUCAAGGAUCCUGAAGGAGAUCCCAAACACGAAAUGUAGGUUAAGGGGGUUUUAUUGACAGCAGUGGCAGAUUUAGAUAUGGGCGAUCACCCAGGGCG